AUGAUGAAGCAUGCAUUCGUGUCCAAAAUUACUCUUCAGGUUUCGAACCCACUGCUGCCAUCAUUGUUGCUAGACGUGUUAGUGGUCAUCGAAGGCGAUGUCCAGUCUAGUGAAAAGAAAGAAAAGGCUGUUCAGAAGUUCACGGAAUUUGUCAACCUGAUAUGUGAUCAGAUUAUUCCCGCUGAUAUUUUGCGCAUAGAACUCGACGUGCUCGAUGCUUCCUUACCGGCAAACAAACAACAGCUUGCUGCUGGAAAAGAGACACCCUUCUCUUUGUAUGUUGUCACUUCGUCGUUACUUCGCGAAGAAAUGAUUGAUCUCAUGAAAAUUACUGGAUUUAUGGUACCAAGAGCUGAAGGCAUCAAAGAAACCCAUCGAGCUAGAGCGGCUAAGGCAGGCGAAAGAGCCAGAAAGGCAGAAACUAUCUUGGCGUCAAACAUACCCGUGGAUGUGUCCCGCAAUGCUAACGUCGAUGUUAUGGAUACCGGUCAGUCUAUUGUUGGAGUAUCAUUUGCUACGGUCGCCGCAAUUCAAGAAGCCGACGAUGCUAAACUUGCUGCAGAGCUAAACGAGGAACUUGUUUUGUCGACAAACCAAAAACUUGGCUUGGUUUGCGCUCUCAUAGAGGAUGGUGCAUGGUCUCUGGCGAAGGUUAUAAUUGAUCGUCUACCUGAGUACUAUGCAGUGCAGGCUAGGUAA